AAAACUCCCACACCCCAAAUCUUCAAAAUUCCAAAACUCUCACAUCCCAAAAUUGCAACCUCCAAAAAUUCCAAUUCCACUCCCACUCUUCCUAAUCUUCCGCAAAUCUCUAAAUUCCUAAAACUGCAAAAGUGACCCCGGAGAGAUCGCAAACCUCUCGAACGUAUCUAACACAGCCAGUCUCCAUUUUGAUUUAUUGGAGCCGCACCAUGACCGAAGGAAGUUGGUUCUGUGUUCUGCUAAUCGUCACCGGGGUAACAGCUCUCUCCGUGGAUUCGAAUCCCGAAUACGUGAAACAAUGUUCAAGAAGCGAUCCAAAGUUAAAAACUUGCCUGAUCGAUGCCCUGCACCAUCUGAGGCCAUAUUUAAGCGAUGGUAUACCGGAAAUUGAGCUGCCUUCCGUCGAACCAUUUCGUAUGGACGAGCUGACACUCUCCCUAACAGGUGGUAUAAACGGUUACAAGGUUCAACUGCGCGAAUUAUACGUAAAGGGAGCCAGUAACUACACCGUCGAGGAUAUCAAGCUGGGUUCACCCUUCGCUGCCAUUAUACGAAUGCCGGCUCUCAUUUUGGACGCUCAUUAUUCCAGUUCAGGUGUGCUGAUCAUUCUACCAGCUAGUGGAAACGGAACAUUCCACGCGAAAUUCGACGAUGUGAAAGCUUUGGUCAAAGGCACUGUUUCCACCAAAGUGAAAGAUGAGAAGACGUAUCUGAACGUUGAAAAUCUUGAUGUUGAACUGGUUGUGAAAAAUGUGUACAUGAGGGUCAGCAAGAUUUUCAAAAAUAAUAGAAUCCUUACCGAAGCAACAAACCUAUUUCUCCGCGAAAACGGUCAGGAGGUGUUAAAGGUGAUGGAACCACAGCUCAAGAGGAAAUUAUCUGUACUCUUCGCUGGUAUAGUUAAUCAACUGUUACGUCACAUACCGGUCGAAGUAUUUCUCUUACCAUAAAUAUUCUUUCUUCAAAGCACUUCAAUAUUUCUACGAAAAUUCACCAGUACAAGCUAAGUUGUAAAUAGAGUUAGGACACACCAAUAACUUUGGGUAUAUUGCAGGAUUAACCAAAAAUGUAACUGAUGUAGCAAUCGAGUUUAUAGAGUAGAACAAAUACAUGUUUGUGUACAUAUGUGUAAUACCGUUGUCUUUUAUUUACUAGACCGUACGUACUUGACGCAAUGCUUAUGCAACGUCUUGCAGAAUAAAAAUUAUAGCGUGAAAAAUAUGCGAGCAUUUAAUGGAAUUAUUCUGAGACUUUCGCUUGUGUUUCAUAAAUUCUAAGAUUAAAUUUACUUGGCAUUUUUUAUGGAAAAUAUUAACAUAUAAUUGCUGUGAGAA